AUGCCGACAACUGACGAGAUAGAGCGGCAUCAGUACUACCAGAAUGUAGCGUCGGCCACGACCUCCGUCCUCUCCAUCAUCGGCGCCUUCUACAUCAUCGGCCGUUACUGGUAUGCGCGGAGACUCAAGGCCAAGUCGCUCUCCGUCUACGCGUCCUCCGCGCAUCACCUCGACGUCACCAAAGAGCUCAUCCACAUCAUCGCCUACCUCGACCUCUUUGGUGCCACUGGACGUGCGUUCGGCCAGCUGCCCACCGAGACUUUCGACCAAGACGCAGGUGACCCCGUAACGCCAAUCUGCAAACUCCAGGCCUUCAUUAUCACGUUUGGAGAUGGCGCACCGAUCGCGUGGAACUUCAUCAUGGCGCUCAAUUUAUACCGCUGGGUUUGUAUGGGCGAAGACCAGCAGAUGCUCAUGAAGAAGAUCAAGUGGUACAUCGUCAGCACCAUGCUCUUCACGGUGGGAAUUCCCUCCAUUUGCCUCAUUUUCAACAAAUUCGGAGACGCCGGACUCUGGUGUUGGGUCGUCGUCGAACACGACUCGACCGAGGAGUUGUGGUGGAUGUUCGGUGUUUUAUACUUUUGGGUCAUCGCUGGCGGCAUCGCCAUGACCGUUUUCCUCGUUUUGGUCAAAAUUAACAUGAAAAAACGCCUCAAAACCUACGAAAACGACGACGCCAACGACGCCUACUACGCGGUCGUGCACAACCUCACGAUCUACAUCACAGGCUUCAUUUUCUGCUGGCUACCAGCUGUAGUGGACCGAGCGUACGCCACAUUUACCGGCAGAACGUCGUUCACGCUGGACUUCCUACACGCCACUAUUGUCCCCUUGCAAGGCUUCGUUAACGCCGUUAUUUACGGGAAAUUCCAUAUUUGGGUGGUACGACAUGUCCGAGAGCCGUGGACGAGCAACGGCGGGUCGUCCACCAAGAACAGUAAAGUAUCCGAAGAUAUGCUACGACAGUCGGUGAGAUUACGAGAACUAGAGCGACAUCACAUGGGCACAGCCACGAUCUUUGUCACCACGUUCGAUAUGAACUGGACGCCGUGUCCUACGAACUUGAGCGACUGGAUCCCGGCAGGGAAAGACUUGUACGUCUUCUCACUGCAGCAUUGCGUCGAAGUGCAAGCUAUCGAGCAGAUGAUCCGAGGUUAUCUUCUGCAAGUAAAUUACCCCACGGCGUAUCGUUCUAUCACGUCGAUUGCGGGAACUUCGGUGCGAGGUCACGUCCAAGACGCCUCGGUGUGUCAAAUUGUGUUUGUAAAUAACGCCGACGAUGCCAGUGGGAAUGUGAAAUUCCAAGCUGCUGAUGGACGCAUCUGGGCGCAGAGGAAAACGUUCAAUGAGGUCGUGGGGAUCCCGAUCCGGUACUUCGACGCGUCUAUAGCGUUCGUAUCGUGCAAUCUCAGUACAUCUCUCGGCAACAACUCGCAACGUCAGUACCGACCGGAGAACAACGUGUUCGCUAAACACGCAGUGGCGUCCAGUCUUGUCCACUCGUUCGGUAUGGACGCGGACCGAGCCGCUGUGGAUUUCCCGAAUUUAUACCACCACACGAUCCUGUCUGGUAAUUUAAAUUACGACGUGGACAUGUCGACGUCCAGUUUGACGGCAGGCAUCGAUCAAGCGUACAAGGCCGAGUGUCUAAAGCGAGCGACAGAUAGAGCCAUUGAAGCUCAGAUUAAGGCCAUACGAGACGCCAAGAACUCGAUCGACAAGAAAAGUGCGGACUUCCAAAACGAACAAACCAUCUUGGAGGAAAGUAUCGGCUGGAGUAGUCAGCGUAGCAGUGCAGAAGCCUCCAGGUCCGGUGGCAGUGUGUACGAAGAAGUGUACACCUCUUACGACGGCGAUCUCCCCUUCACGCUGUUGAAAUCGCCUAUGGACCCACCGCAACGACCAGAUGUCCUCACUCCCGUGAUGGAUGGCAGCGUGGAGAUUACCAUCCAAGAAGAAGUCGGUGAAGUAGACCUUAAGUCAAGGGAUUGGGCCUCGUUUCUCGACUCUCAACUCCCUGCUCUGUCGUCUGAAAACCGUCUCGGGCUCUCGUCAUCCAGUACCAAGCAGCGCUCAAGCGACCGGUUGACGUCGAGUGGCCAUUUCGCACGUGGGAAUAUCAAGAAAAUCCGCGAUCUACUCUCCAAAUCCGACCUGGUAGCUGAAAAUACGGCUCGGAAGUGGCUGGAAGUGCUGCGAUACGACGAACUACGUGCCUCGAUCGAGGCCAAGGAGAUCUUUACUGGGUUUGAAGAGCCUCACAUCCACUUCCUGCCUUCUUUUCCGCGUAAAAUCGGCGUGGCGGCGACGUUUUCGAUGGUCGGCGAACGCUCGUGUCGAGAUCUUUUCUGCGAACCGGACGAGGAAAUGUUUGCGGGCGACUCGUUACCUGCGUAUAAGGACCGGAUCCUGGCUCAUUCGUUGAGUGACACCAAGCAACGUCUCAAGAACGUUGGCUAUUGGUCGUGUGAAGACAUCGUGACGUCCACGCACAAGCCCGUGUGCAGUAUCUACGAGCUGGAGAUCGACCGCUUCUUCUCGUACAACAUGGACGAGGCUGCCGUCGCAGAUCUGCGUCUAGGGAACCACGCUCUGCGCGAUAAACGGGAUGUGCAUGAGUUCAAGAUCAAGUUGGUCAAGCUGGAUGCCAAUAUCUGGACGUACGAGGAGCGUGAUGGAGGGUCCAUACUGCAGAACACAGGCUACCGUUGGCGAGGACAGGGAGGAUCCAACCCGUCGAGUAGUCGACGAAGCCAAAGCAGUCGUGGAGCUGUCAACUCGAACAGCACAACGAGCAGCGCAGAGUCCUCGCGUCACAGUGUUCGAGUGUCUAUGAGUCGCAGGAAAUCCUCGAUCGCUCACGUGGUCACUCGUGUGCUUCGAAAGAGUCGACUACGUUCUGGUAGUGGCGGCUCGAGCUACCGAGCUACGACGACUCCGAAUCAGUACUCCGACUUCACGGUGGGGUCUGGAGGCACACAACCUGUAGUCAUGACGAACGAUCGUCUGUCGGCUCUUGCAGCUUCUCGUCUCGAGUUGAUCCCAGUGGAGCCUGUGAGUAUCUCGACGAUCUUCCCAUUGCCGUCCGAAGACGUCUAUGCGCUGCAACGAAAAGUGUACGAGGUUGCCCAUUUGGUGCAGAAUGGGUUCCAGUCCAGUGCGCGAGUGGACGACGACGAAGAAUCGCAGUUGGCGUACACGAAUUUCCGGACGGUGGCGUGGAGAGAAGCCAUGUCGAAUGGUGUGACCCACUCAGCGAUCACCAAGGCUGUGAAUGGAGGUGUCCACAUUGCUAUCAGUAUUGAAGCGGAGAAAGGCCACGGAGGACAAGGCGUGCUCUGUCUGAAGGAGUCGGACUUGAUGACGCACGCCGCGCCUGUACUGUGCGAAGCCAAGCCGAUCCCUUUCGAUGUGACUCUCACAUGGGGAGGCAGACAUGUGGGCUAUCUCCACGGAGAUAUCUUGUGUUCGAUGUAG